UCAAACUCGUGUGGAGAAUGUGGUUUAGCUAGCGCGAGUUUUUUUGCGCCUCCCAAAAUUCCCUGUGCAGGUUGCUACGGAAGCUCCCGUAGACCAAAAAGUCUGCUGCGCCAUCAAGCCGGUCCGAAUGGAGACAGGUUUGUGUUCUCACCAGGAGCGAACCGAACUGGAGUUCACACAGAAGCGGACCGAGACCACCUCCCGGAAGUGGUCUCGGUGCGGUUCGUUAGUCCGAACCAAAAAAAUCUGGUAUGCUUUCACAUCAGCCCAAACGAACCGUACUUGCAGGUGUUGCGGACUAAAAGACGUAGGUGUGAAAGCACCCUUAGAACCUGUUGGUUUCUUGUUAGUUUCUGGUCUCCUCUGGAGGUCCAUGUUGGUGUCUUUGUUCUGAGGUUCUUCUUCCUCUGAUGGACUCAUGGCAGAUCAGAGACCUGGACCCGGACCCGGACCCGGACCUGGACCCGGACCCGGACCUGGACCUAGACCAGGACCAGGACCUGGACCUGGACCCGGACCAGGACCUGGACCCGGACCCGGGCCCGGACCUGUUGCUUUAUUGUGAAAUGCUGCAGCUCUGGCUGUUAUUUUGAAGGGCGGGGCCGGUAGUGCAGGUCUGCAUGCAGCAGCUGCAUUUCACGGCUCCUCCGGACGGACCGCACCGACUUCUCUGCCUCCUGUAGCCGCCGUCAGGUCGCGGUGUCUCGGCCAUGGCAUCCAUCGUGUGCCGGGUCCAGUACCUGGAGGACUCGGAUCCCUUCAUCUGCACCAACUUCCCCGAACCCCGCAGACCUCCUCCGGUCAGUCUGGAGGAGAACCAGCCGCUCAGCGAGCAGGUCGCCGGGAUCCACAAGCUGCUGGAGGCGCCUCUGAAGCUGGAGGACUGCAGCCUCCAGUUGUCUCCCAGUGGAAACUAUCUGGAUCUGGAUUCUUCUCUGUUAGAGCAACGAGACGAGCUGGAAAGUUUCUACGAAGACGUAGCGAAAGGAAAGAAACCUCUGCUGAUCCUCAGAACUCAGCUGUCUGUCAGAGUCCACCACAUCCUGGAGAAGCUCUAUAACUCUCAGGGUCCGGAGCUCCGUCGCUCUCUGUUCUCCCUCAAGCAGCUGUUUCAGGACGAUAAAGAUCUGGUUCCGGAGUUCGUGGCCUCUGAAGGUUUGACGUGUUUCAUUAAAGUCGGAGCAGAAGCCGAUCACAACUACCAGAACUACAUCCUGAGAGCUCUCAGUCAGAUCAUGCUGUUUGUUGAUGGGAUGAACGGGGUGAUCAACCACAGUGAGACGGUCCAGUGGCUCUACACCCUGACAGGAAGCCUGUCCCGUCUGGUGGUGAAAACGUCUCUGAAGCUUCUCAUCGUGUUCGUCGAGUAUUCAGAGUCCAACAGUCCUCUGAUGAUCAACGCCGUCAACACAGUGGACACGAACAGAGGUGUGACGCCGUGGAGUUCCAUCAUGGAGGUUCUGGAGGAGAAAAAUGGAGCCGACACCGAGCUGCUCAUGUUCGCCAUGACGCUGAUCAACAAGACUCUGGCGGUGUUGCCAGACCAGGACUCCUUCUACGAUGUGACGGACAGCCUGGAGCAGCUGGGGAUGGAGGCUGUCAUCAGCAAACACUUGAACAACAAGGGGGCGGAGCCUGACCUGAAGGCACAGUUCACCAUCUAUGAGACAGGUCUCAGGUAUGAGGACGGUGACAUCGAUGACUCUGCCCCUCCCCUCCGUAAGGAGAGGAGAAAGAUGGCUGCCAGUGAACAGGACGGACGGAAGAGCCGCCGUUCGUCCAAUCAGAGCCUGCCGGACCUCCUGUCCCCCUCCUCCUCCCUGUCCUCCCCCGCCCUCUCCCCUGUCUCCCCCUCCCUGUCCUCCCCCACUACCACCUCCCGCAGCAGGGCGUCGUCCCCGCUCACCUCCGAUAGCUCCGCCUCCAGCCCCUCUGGCUCCAGGAGAGGAUCCCCGCUGCCCCCAACUGCCAAUGGCAGCUCAGAGCAGCAGGAAGUGACCUCACAGAGCCAGGGUCGCUCUUUCCUCAGUCACCACAUGUCAGCUCUGGGUCUGAGCAGGAAGUCCAGACUGUUCUCCAAAACCAGCUCCAUCCACGAGGAGCCUCCAGCAGCCAGCAGCAGUUCCUCCUCUGAUUCGUCUCAGAUGAACUCGGAUCAUCUCAGCUACAAGACGGAAACUAAAGAACCUAAAACCAGCUUCAACUCAGGGGAGGAAGACCAGGUUUUCUGCCCUGAUGACUGCAGUGUGAAUCUGGACAAACCCGUCCUCAGGAAGUUUCAAGACACCUUCCUGCGUAGCCUGGCUGCCACUCAGUGGGAGAAGAAGAGGAAGAGUAAACACCUGGGCCAAUCACGGCUGUCCACGGCUGAUGAUGUCAUAACCCCGAAACCCCAGCCCACAGAGGAGGAGGAGGAAGGGGGCCCUGAAGCGUUGGGUCACGGUUCAACAUCCAGCGGUUUGGACUCUAACGGACUCUCAGACUCCCAGAAUGAAUCAGUGCUUCCGGUGCAGCGUCAGUGCAGCACGCUGUCCAACGAUAAGAAGUUCCUGCUGGACAUGCUUUACUCCAAAACAUCUGCAGCUCCUCAGAGCCCCACGACUCCAGACACCACCGAAGAAGGAGGAGGAGGAGGAAGCUUCCUGCCUGGUGAAGAUCUAACCGGUCGAGGUCGAGUGUCGGAGCGUCUGUCCAGCUUCAGAGCGCGCUCAGUAGAACCCAGCGUUCCCAGUGAGAGCAGCGCCUCCCGCAGGGCGGAACUGGAAGGUCUGGAAGGUUCUGCUCAGGCGGCGCUGGCCCGGCUGGCUGAAGAACGCCAGAACCGGAACCUCCGGCAGCAGAGCAGCAUCGAUGCCGAGGCCCACGCCCGGCGCCUGGAGACCACCCAGAUGGUUCCGCUGGGUCCUGGAGGUCCGAGCGACUCCUGGGACCAGCUGCAGCCGAGCGCCGCCGCCCUGCGGAUCAAAGACCUGGACUUCUCCGACCUGCUGGACGAGGAGGACAUCGACGUUCUGGACAUGGACACCUUCGACUCCUCGGCUUCCUGCUUGACCAGCCUCCCCCCGCCUCCCCCCCCUCCCCCAGGUGGUGUAGCUCUGCCCCCUCCAGGUGUAGCCCCGCCCCCUCCUCCUCCACCUCCUCCCCCUCCUCCAGGUGGUGUAGCUCUGCCCCCUCCAGGUGUAGCCCCGCCCCCUCCUCCUCCCCCUCCUCCAGGUGCUCCUCCCCCUCCUCCCCCCUCGACGGUGGGUCAGAAGAAGAAGAAGACGGUGAAGCUGUUCUGGAAGGAGCUGAAGCAGGCAGAUGGACCCACCAAGUGUCGCUUCGGUCAGGGAACGGUGUGGGCGUCGCUCGACAAGGUUACCGUGGAUACGGCCCGCCUAGAACACCUGUUCGAGUCCAAGGCCAAGGAGCUGCCUGUUGCCAAGAAAGGUCCUGAGACAAAGAAGUCUGAGAUUCUGGUUCUUGACCCAAAGAGGAGCAACGCCAUCAACAUCGGUAUGACCGUCCUGCCGGCGGUCCACGUCAUCAAGGCCGCCAUCCUCAACUUUGACGAAUUCGCUAUCAGCAAGGAGGGAAUCGAGAAGAUCCUGACCAUGACGCCCACCGAGGAGGAGAAGCAGAAGAUCCAGGAGGCCCAGCUGGCCAAUCCAGAUGUUCCUCUGGGCACGGCCGAGCAGUUCCUGCUGAGUCUGGCCUCCAUCAGUGCACUGACCCCCCGACUGCAGCUCUGGGCCUUCAAGCUGAACUACGAGGUUCUGGAGAAGGAAAUCGCUGAGCCGCUGUUCGACCUGAAGCUGGGGAUGGAGCAGCUGGCGUCCAAUCAGACGUUCAGGAGGAUCCUCGCCACGCUGCUCGCCAUCGGGAACUUCCUGAACAGCUCUAAUGCUAAAGGCUUUGAGCUGGGUUACCUGGAGAAGGUGGUGGAGGUGAAGGACACGGUCCACCGUCAGUCUCUGCUGCAUCACACCUGCAGCCUGGUGGUGGAAAAUUACCCACAAUCCUCGGACAUCUACUCAGAGAUCCCCGCCAUCACCCGAUCCGCCAAGGUGGACUUUGAGCUGCUGUCGGAGAAUCUGGUCCAGCUGGAGCGCCGCUGCAAAGCAUCAUGGGACAACCUGAAGGUGGUGGCGAAGCACGAGACCAAAGCAGUUCUGAAGAACAAGAUGACCGAGUUCCUGAAGGAUUGUACCCAGAGGAUCAUCAUCCUGAAGGUGGUGCACCGCCGGGUCAUCAACAGGUUCCACUCGUUCCUGCUGUUCCUCGGCCAGCCAUCCUCCUCCGUCAGAGACAUCAAGGUGACCAGUUUCUGUCGAAUCAUCAGUGAGUUUUCUUUGGAGUAUCGAACCACCAGAGAACGAGUUCUGACCCUGAAACAGAAACGAGCCGCUCACCGAGAGAGAACCAAGACCAGAGGGAAGAUGAUCACCGAGACGGAGAAGUUCUCGGGGGCGGUGCCUCUUCAGGACAACCCCUCGCCAGUCUCCGUGGCGACAGAGGCGGAGCCUGGUCAGGAAGAACACGAGAACAUGAAGAACCUGCUGAUCAGCAAGAACCUGGACCAGAGAGGCCUGAGGAGAUCCAGAGCCGUCCGCAGUCUGGGCCGGGUCAGUCCGUCUCAGAUGGCAGCAGCCAGAGAGGACGGGUCGAGUCCUCAGGACGACGCCACCGAUGAGAUCAUGGACCGGCUGGUGAAGUCCGUCACUCAGAACCCAUCUGACCGGACCUCCAGCCCCAAGACUCGCAAACGCUCCCGACUCAACAGGAAGUCAUUGCGACGGACUCUGAAAAGUGGCCUCAGUGUGGACGUGGUUCAGGCUUUGGGACUCAACAAGACCGGAGACAAAGUCUGAUCAGACCGAUUGAUCGCUGAACUAUUGAUCAGAGACUGAAGCAGAUUCACACAUUUCCACCAGAACCUCCCUCUGAUCAUCUACCACAUCUGAUCCAUCCUUCUGAUCGACCUCCAGACACACUGCUGCAGACUGAACCGUUUACCUCCAUCAGUCUGAAGCUCUUCUCAGCUGUCGAUGAUCCACCACCUUCAUGGUUCCAUGAAGAACCUCUAAAAACAGAAUGUUUCAUUUAAGCUUCAGGUUUUGGAGAAUAAAGUUGGUUCCACAUGAAGCCAGCAGACACAGGAGGACUGAUGAUGAAGCUCCGGAGCUGCUGGAAGCUGCACUCUGGUUCAAUGCUAACACUUUCCACCUGUUUCCAGUCUUUAUGCUAAGCUAAGCUAGGCUAACACCCAACUGUUUCAGCUUUAAAACGGGGGAGAAACUUUCAUCAGUUAAAAACAAGUUCAUUCAGUCAGAAAUGUAAAAAGUGCAUUAAAGAGUUUGAUUUCUUGGUUAUUGAUCAGUGAGAUCUGAAGAUGUUUAACGUCCACCUGAACUUUCCUGGAUUAACAGGAUGAAAUAUGUUUAAUUCUGAUGUUAAGAGACUUUAAGAAGAGAAUUAAUCAGAAAUCUGCACGUUUAGUCCACAUUUUAGAUCCAGGAAACGUUCAGACACAAAGGUUAAUGUGUGUUAGUGUGUGUUAGUGUGUGUUAGUGUGUGUUAGUGUGUGUUAAUGUGUGUUAAUGUGUGUGUUAACGUGUGUUAGUGUGUGUUAGUGUGUGUUAAUGUGUGUUAAUGUGUGUAUUAAUGUGUGUUAAUGUGUGUUAAUGUGUGUUAGUGUGUUAACGUGUGUUAGUGUGUGUUAGUGUGUGUUAAUGUGUGUUAAUGUGUGUAUUAAUGUGUGUUAAUGUGUGUUAGUGUGUGUUAGUGUGUUAACGUGUGUUAGUGUGUGUUAAUGUGUGUUAAUGUGUGUGUUAAUGUGUGUGUUUGUGUGUGUGUUAGUGUGUGUUAGUGUGUGUUAAUGUGUGUGUUAAUGUGUGUGUUAAUGUGUGUGUUAGUGUGUUAGUGUGUGUUAAUGUGUGUUAAUGUGUGUUAAUGUGUGUGUUAACGUGUGUUAGUGUGUGUUAGUGUGUGUUAAUGUGUGUUAAUGUGUGUAUUAAUGUGUGUUAAUGUGUGUUAAUGUGUGUUAGUGUGUUAACGUGUGUUAGUGUGUGUUAAUGUGUGUUAAUGUGUGUAUUAAUGUGUGUUAAUGUGUGUUAAUGUGUGUUAGUGUGUUAACGUGUGUUAGUGUGUGUUAGUGUGUGUUAAUGUGUGUUAAUGUGUGUAUUAAUGUGUGUUAAUGUGUGUUAGUGUGUGUUAGUGUGUUAACGUGUGUUAGUGUGUGUUAAUGUGUGUGUUAAUGUGUGUGUUAAUGUGUGUAUUAAUGUGUGUGUUAGUGUGUUAGUGUGUGUUAAUGUGUGUUAAUGUGUGUUAAUGUGUGUGUUAGUGUGUGUGUGUUAAUGUGUGUGUUUAUGUGUGUUUAUGUGUGUUUGUGUAUGUUUGUGUGAUUGUGUGUUGCUGUGUGUUUGUGUGUUAAUGUGUGUUAAUGUGUGUUAGUGUGUGUUAGUGUGUUAACGUGUGUUAGUGUGUGUUAAUGUGUGUGUUAAUGUGUGUGUUAAUGUGUGUGUUAGUGUGUUAGUGUGUGUUAAUGUGUGUUAAUGUGUGUUAAUGUGUGUGUUAGUGUGUGUGUGUUAAUGUGUGUGUUUAUGUGUGUUUAUGUGUGUUUGUGUAUGUUUGUGUGAUUGUGUGUUGCUGUGUGUUUGUGUGUUAAUGUGUGUUACUGUUUGUAUGUGUUAGUGUGUGUUAGUGUAUGUUAGUGUGUGUUAACGUGUUUUAGUGUGUUAAUGUGUGUGUUAAUGUGUGUUUGUGUCUUUGUGUGUUUGUGUGUGUUAUUGUGUCUCUGUUGUGUUUCUUCUGCUGACUUCAGGUGAAAAAAUUCAGAUUCUGGUUUAACUUAAACAUUUUAUAGGAAUAUGAAAUAUUAAAUCCAGGCUCAUUGUGUUUCUGCUAAAGUUAAUAAAGAUUUUUAAUAAAGAA